CUCUACUAAAAAUACAAAAAUUAGCUGGGCAUGGUGGUGCACACCUGUAGUCCCAGCUACUCGGGAGGCUGAGGCAGGAGAAUUGCCUGAACCCAGGAGGCAGAGGUUGCGGUGAGCUGAGAUCGUGCCAUUGCACUCCAGCCUGGGUAACAAGAGCUAAACUCCAUCUCAAAAAAAAAAAGAAACACCGAGUAGACUUUGAAGCCUAAACCAGCAGCCCUGAGCACUUCCUUUUGUUUGCAAACUGCUCAGGUGUCUCACCAUGCCAGGUUUGGCACUGGCUCUUUCCUCAUCUAAGGGACAUUCUUUCCGUCAGCUCCUGCCUUAUCUGGAGAACUCUUACAUUACCUGCAGAACCCAAUCCCAUUGUACCCUUUCCCUGUCAGAGUCAUAAAUUCAAUCCCCAACUCAGGGGCACUGAGGGCAUUUAUGACAAGCUGUGUUACAAAUUAUACCAGCUUCUCUCAGGAUGCUUGCACAGGAAGUGGGUGAUUGUCCUGAAUCUGUAGCUGGGGUUACAGAUGUGCCCUACCAGGCCUGGAUAAUUUUUGUGGUUUUAGUAGAGAUGGGGUUUCACUAUGUUGGCCAGGCUGGUCUCAAAUUCCUGACCUCAAGUGAUCCAGCCACCUUGGCCUCCCAAAGUGCUGAGAUUACAGGCGUGAGCCACUGCGUCCGGCCUGAGUGUGUUUUUUAUUUAUUGUUUUAGAGACAGAUGGGGGUGAAGUGUCAUGAUCGCGGCUCACUGAAACCUGGAACUCCUGGGCUCAAGCCGUCCUCCCGCUUCAGCCUCCCAGGUAACUGGGACCGGAAGCAUGCACCAUCACGGGGGUCUCGCUGUGUUGUCCAGGCUGAUCUUGAACUCCUGGCUUCAAGCGAUUGUCCGGCCUCAACCUCCCAAAAGGCGGAGAUCACAGGCGUGAGCCACCGUGUCUUGCCCUUGAGUGUACCUUCGCAUGUGGGACAGUUCAGGGGCCCCUCUGAGUGUGCAAGGCUGUGUCUCUGUGGGUCUCGCGCUGUGUGGCUGCUGCAGGGCUGUGCGUGGACAUUAGUGUGUCUGCAGGUGUGAUGAACAGGAUGGCGACUGAGGCUACGUGUGCACUCUGUGUCUGUGAUCGUAGGUGUGAUGCCGUGUGCUUUUGUGAAUGAGAAGUGACUUUGAGAGUGUUCCUCUCAGGCUGGACGCGGUGGCUCACACCUGUAAUCCCAGCACUUUGGGAAGCUGAGGAAUUUAAGACCAGCCGGCCAACGUGGUGAAACCACAUCUCUACUAAAAAUACAAAAAACAAUUUAGGCCGGGCGCGGUGGCUCACGCCUGUAAUCCCAGCACUUUGGGCCGCCGAGGUGGGUGGAUCAGGAGGUCAAGAGAUCAAGACCAUCCUGGCCAACAUGGUGAAACCGCAUCUCUACUAAAAAUACAAAAAAUUAGCUGGGCGUGGUGGCGCGUGCCUGUAAUCCCAGCUACUCGGGAGGCUGAGGCAGGAGAAUUGCCUGAACCCAGGUUGCGGUGAGCCGAGAUCGCGCCGUUGCACUCCAGCCUGGGUAACAAGAGCGAAACUCCGUCUCAAAAAAAAAAACCAAACAAUUUAGCUGGGAAGGACGCAGAGGCUCACAUCUGGAAUCCCAGCACUUUGGGAGGCUGAAGAGGUCAGAAGAUCGAGACCAUCCUGGCCAACAUGGCGAAACCCGGUCUCUACUAAAAAUACAAAAAUUAGCCGGGCGUGGUGGCGGGUGCCUGUAAUCCCAGCUACUCAGGAGGCUGACAGGAGAAUCGCUUGAGCCAGGGAGUCAGAGUUUGCAGUGAGCCAAAAUCGAGCCACUGCAGUCCAGUCUGGCAACAGAGACUGUCUCAAAAAAGAAGAAGAAGAAAAAAACCCCAAACUAGCUAGGCUUGGUGGUGGGUGCCUGUAAUCCCACCUAUCCAGUGGCUAAAACACAAGAAUCACUUCCAGCCUGGGUGACAGUUUAGACAAAGAAGAAAAAAAGAGUGUCCCUUUUUGAGUGUGCAGUUCUCUCACUGGGUCCACAUGGACCCUCAGUCUCUUCAUCCAGAGUGGCUCCACCUCCCUCUACUAACUUCAACUCCACCUUCGUCCUCCCCAGAAUCCCACAGAGUGGGAGAACUGCAGACGAGGAGUCGCUGGGGAACCAGGUUGAGCUGGACCUUAGUCUCCUCAUGCAGUGUGGCUCCCUUUCCCCUCUGCAGAAGCCCAUACAGCCCAUGUAGGGUCAUGGGUCCUGCCUGCUCAACCCUGUGCCUUGUGUGUGUGACAGACCCCCAGCCAGUGUGCGGCCUGCGCUGUUGAGAAUGCAGCCCCCAGGGACUGCAGGGGCUUCUGCUUAUGUUCCAGUUCCCUGGCGGGCUGGGCCGUCAGCCUGUGGCUGGGACUCCGGAUCUGCGUGGGGCACAGGAAGGCCGAGGUCCCGGGAGGGCCUGGGUGGAGGGUGAACAACACUCACGCACACGUGUACACAGCGGCAGGGGAGCUUCGGGGCGGCAGACCCCGUGUGUCCUGGGCUGAACAACUCUCCUCUCUCCGAGGCCAGGCCAUCUAGGAUGGGAAGCUGAGGCUCAGAGUAAGCAUCACUUGGGCUUCCGGAGCAUCUGAGCACUCCAGCCUCUCUGCGGAGGCCAGCCUCAGUCAGCCCAAACGGUGGAGGAAUCCGGCACCCCAAACCUCAGUCAGGAGACUGCGGGGGUGGGCAGGGACCCCAGCCAGCAGCAGCCCUGAAACUGCUUCCCAAGCAGACCACCCACGGGCUGGGGCCUGGCCGCCAAGCCCUGCUCUCGGGGCUCCCGGGAAGUCCUGCUGAUUGACCGCCGCGAGUGUCUCCAGCUGUAGCUGGGGGUCCCCGUGAGCCAGGUGGCAAGGAUUCUCCCUGGGGGCGCUCUUUGCCCUGAUCUGUGCCCUCCAGCUUUGUGGGGGGAAGGGAGGGCAGGGGCGGACACUGUGGUUAGAGGAUGGUCCUAAGGACAGAUGUAUGGGGGAGAGGGGAGGGGCCCAGCUGAGGGGAAGAAUUGUAGCCUCGGGAGCCCCCAGUCCGAGGGGCAGGAGGGGAGGGGUCCCGCCUCGCCACUGCCCGCCCCGGGCUCGCAGUGCCCGCCCCUUCUCCGCCCCUCAGACCGUGGGACCCGCCGACCCCUCCCGCGCUCUGGGAACCCAACACCCAAGGCCUGCCAAGCAUCAAGGUGACACCGUGGGCAAAUCUAAACACCGUGCCGGGCUUUUUCCAUCCUCCGCAGGGGCUCAUCGUAAAUCCCCCCUCGAGGCCCAGCCAAGGCUUUUAUGAGCAGAGGACCCAGGUCUCUGGGGACCCAGCUUUACCCCAGCAGGCGCCGGCUUCGGGCUGGAUGGGUCUGGCGCCUGCCCCAGGCCUCUCCCCGCCGGGAGGUGGGCAGCUUGCGGGUAUUUUUAGUAGCUGGUGGAAGGAGAUAGUGGCUUUCCGCUCACCCUGGUGGGGGAGCCCGAGGAGGCCGUCGGACAAGGCAGACCUGGGUCCACAUGGACCUCAGUCUCCUCAUCCAGAGUGGCUCCCCUCCCCCUCCCCAGAAGCCCACAGAGCGGGAGAAGUGCGGACGAGGAGACGAUGGGGAACUGGGUCCACCUGGACCUCAGUCUCCUCAUCCAGAGUGGCUCCCCUCCCCCUCCCCAGAAGCCCACAGAGCGGGAGAAGUGCGGACGAGGAGACGAUGGGGAACUGGGUCCACCUGGACCUCAGUCUCUUCACCCAGAGUGGCUCCACCUCCCUCUCCCCAGAAGCCCGCAGAGCGGGAGAAGUGCGGACGAGGAGACGAUGGGGAACUGGGUCCACCUGGACCUCAGUCUCCUCAUCCAGAGUGGCUCCCCUCCCCCUCCCCAGAAGCCCACAGAGCGGGAGAAGUGCGGACGAGGAGACGAUGGGGAACUGGGUCCACCUGGACCUCAGUCUCUUCACCCAGAGUGGCUCCACCUCCCUCUCCCCAGAAGCCCGCAGAGCGGGAGAAGUGCGGACGAGGAGACGCUGGGGAACUGGGUCCACCUGGACCUCAGUCUCCUCAUCCAGAGUGGCUCCCCUCCCCCUCCCCAGAAGCCCACAGAGCGGGAGAAGUGCGGACGAGGAGACGAUGGGGAACUGGGUCCACCUGGACCUCAGUCUCUUCACCCAGAGUGGCUCCACCUCCCUCUCCCCAGAAGCCCGCAGAGCGGGAGAAGUGCGGACGAGGAGACGCUGGGGAACUGGGUCCACCUGGACCUCAGUCUCUUCACCCAGAGUGGCUCCACCUCCCUCUCCCCAGAAGCCCGCAGAGCGGGAGAAGUGCGGACGAGGAGACGCUGGGGAACUGGGUCCACCUGGACCUCAGUCUCUUCACCCAGAGUGGCUCCACCUCCCUCUCCCCAGAAGCCCACAGAACGGGAGAAGUGCGGACGAGGAGACGCUGGGGGGCUGGGUCUAGCAGGACCUCAGUCUCCUUGUGCAGUGUGGCUCCCUCUUCCCUCUCCAGAAGCCCGUACAGCAGAGAGGUACCGACGGGGACGAGCUGGGGAAACGAGGUCCACCUAGACCCCAGAAGCCCACACCGUGGAAAGGCGCCUGCGCAGUAGCGAAACAGCACCGUCUCGUCGGACGCGUAGCCCAGGCCCAGCUCGCUCACGCGUACCUCCAGCUCGCGCAACCCGCACGGCCGCGUCCCCGAUCGCUCACGCGCGCGCCGCCGCGGGGGCCCCUCCCGACGGCGCGGACCAGGGGGCUGCCCGGCCCAGGGCGUCAGCUCGCGCAGCUCCACCGCAUCCGGGGCGCCCUGCAGCAGUGCACGGUCUGCGAGAGGAGGAAGAGAAAGGAGCGGGGUCAGUGGGUGCAGGGGAGCCUCCGCUGAACCCCUGCAAACGAAGACCCUUGCUGGGACGCCAGGCCUGGACGGCUUCUCAUCUCACUCCCAGAUCCCAGAUUUCCCCACCCUCUUGCUGAGCUGUUGAUGCAGCCUCUCUGGGCGGCAUUGAGGGGCACGUGCACACUCACACCCCCACGCUGGUCCAGCACCCCUUUCUCAACCCUGAGCCUAUAUCAGCUGCCCAGAACCUGGUUCGCCCUUUCUGGGCCGCUUUCCAGCGCAUCCCACCUUGAGCUGAGAUGACCGGGGUCUGGAAGUCACCUCCUCUGGGCCCCACUCUCACCCCAUUGCUGCUCCAUUCUCCACGUCUCCCAUCGUAACCCUAUCUGGACCCCUCCUCUAUGCUGGGCUGCCCCAAGACCCUGGUGCACCCUCUCUGGGGAGUGUUAGGGGGCUGCUUCCCAUGCCCCCAUCCUCUUUAGUGAGGCUGUCAUAGGUGUCUAUCUCUAGAGCCCCCUCUUCAGUCCCCAACGUCUCUCAGCCCCGGGGCUUUUCAGGCUCCAUCCCUGCUGCUCUGCCCGUGCAGUUUCCCCAUUCAAGAAACUAAUUGGGGUGUUUGGGCUUCUCAGAAUGCAGAGGAGCAGUAGGCACUGCAGCCCACUGUGUUCAAGGCCUGUGUGGGGACCCCAUUCCAUGGGGUGGCAGCAGGUAUUGUCAGAGCCACCCCAUGUGACAGAUGACAAAACGGACCAUCCCAAGGUCACACCAUUAGCAGGUGGCCAAGAGAGAGACAGGCUUAAAGGACAUUCUUCCUGCCUCCAUCAUUCACCCAAAUUUGGCCCAGGUCCAGGCGCCUUCUCCCACACUCGCCAGGAGGUGCCCAAGUCACCGAUUCCCAGGGCCUGACAGCCUAAAUUUAUUACCCAAGCGGCUGGCUCCACCCCCAAACUCUGAAGCCCCGGGAGAGCAGUGCAGACGUUGGAAUGACAGGCAGCGCUGCUGACGGACCUGCAGGCGGGGGACUCCCAGCCCCAGAGCAGGUGGCCGUCACGCCUGUGCUUGGGAGAGGGAAUCUUGGGUUGAGGCUCCACCUGCCCCCAAGGCUGGUACACCUGGCUGUCAAAAGAAUGAGCCUCUGGGUGGCCCUGGGGGAGGAGGGGCUGUCUGUCUCCCGAGGGGAGGGGGAGAGAUGUCUGUUCCCACAGGGGAUCUCAAAAACAGGACAAACCCAACCUCAGAGCCUGACUCUGCCACUUUUGCCACUUCUGCAUCCUCAGCCUCCGUUUCCCUGUUUGUUCCGUGAAGCUCCCAGAAUCUCUGCCUUGGCUGGGGCUGAGAGGGUGAGAAGUCGGUGUUGGGGGGCAGCCAAUGACUGAGCAACCUGCUCCAUGUUUCUUUAAGCCCUGGAGCGGGACUGGAGCGGCCAGGACUGUGCUGGGGAGUUAGGGGCACACCCAACCCAGAGGGGUACAUUGGGCUUGCCAGAUACAAUACAGAUGCUGGGCUAAAUCUGAAUUCCAUAUAAACUACGAAUAAUCUUUUA